AUGAACACUCUGUGCCGAAGCGAAGGCUUCUUCCGGGACCCCAAAGAUUGUGUCCAAUUUUAUCGGUGCGUCGGCGACGAGACGGCCGGCGGUUACCGAUUGUAUCGGUUCGCGUGUCCGGCGGGGACCGUGUUUGACGAGCGCAUAUCGGUGUGCAAUUGGCCCCAUUCGGCCCCACCCUGUGAUACACAACAGCAACAGCACAGCCAAUACGCCGGCGCCAGACAACCCGCGCCACCGGCCAGCCAUCAAACCGAUCCAUACGAUAGCGCACAGCCAGUGGCCAGCGGUCAGUACGAUAGCCAACGGCAACCGGUGGCUAGGGAUCGGCCCAAUCAGUAUGAUUAUCAACCGCAGGCCAGCGCUGGUGAUCAACCGGUAGACCAGCCGUACGCCAGCGCUCAAGUCAGCCCUCGGGACGAAUGGCCCGCCGAUGAACAGCCGGUUCACUCCCGAGUGCUCUACGACGACGCCGAGCCGGCAGAGCCCGCGCAGGCACCGGCAUCCCGGCGCCCGUCCCGGUCCCGCACUACGGCUAGACCUGCGGCCAAACCACAGGCUCAGCCCAGUGAAGAUGAGCAUGGUGAAGCGCCUACUAGUAGCCAAUCGGAUAAGUUCCCGCACGUCCGGCCCCGAGACCCGUCGCGGUAUUUCUCGCCCGCCCCGCAGUCCCCGACGGACGACGACUGGGGUCCGCACGACUCGCAGCAAAUGCCCGGCGCCGACGAUAAAGACCAACAGGAGCUGCAGCCCCGGCAUGAGCAAAUCAGUCAACAAACAGAUGAACAACAAAAAGGAGACAAUAAUGGGGCCGAAGACCAGCGCCAGGAGGACAACAAGUCUGCCUCCCGGAGCCCGCCCUCUAAGUCGGCGACCAAAGCGCCCAAAACUACUGCCCCGAAGACCACUGCGAAACCCAAAGCCAAGUCCAGCAAAAAGCCGGACCAGAAAUCUAAGGCACCCGUGAAGUCAAAGCCGACGCCUUCACCGCCGAAGAAGACAAAGACCGCGCCUAAGAAACCACAACAACGACAACAGACCACCACUACUACUGCCACCACUAGUUCGCCGACAACCACUGCCCUGACCUCCGAGAGCGACGAUAAUGAGGACCAGAAACAGACGGACAGCACCGCCACUACUACUGAGCCGUCGGCCGCUGAGACCACCGAACCGGACGCCGAGGCCGUCACCACUGAGCCUAAAGAGUCAGAUACUGACGAGUCGGACACUGAGUCCCAGAAGAUUAGUCAACAAAAGGAUACCGACGACGACGUCCCGCCGCCGGCCGACGACGACUGCCAGUGCUCUCCAGUGAAACGGCUCUUCCAGUGCCGCACUUCGGGUUCGUUUAGAGACCCCAAGAAUUGUCACACUUUUUACAAGUGCACCGAAACUGACGAUGGAUUCACUGCCGAUCAGUACGACUGCUCCGCGGGUCUGGCCUUCGAUGAGGAGUCCGGCAAAUGCGUGAAGGAGUCCGACACCACUGCCUGUCCCAAGAAGUCUAAGGGAUCCGGUGGUGAUAGUAAGACCAGCGGCCCCUCCGACCAGAUUAAGGACAGACCGCGGUUUACGCCCAGACCUACAUCUACUACACCCAAAAAGCCCACCACUAAAGAUCUCACCACCACUGAAGCGACCGAUGAGGACCAGACGGCCAGCUCUAUCGCUCCGGAGGACGACAGCAGCACCGCAUCGGAGACCACCACCACUGCCGCCGACGAAGAGUCGUCUACUAAGCCAUCGGACGAGACCACCACCACUGCCGCCGAUAAAAGUGAUAGUAAGACCAGCGGCCCCUCCGACCAGAUUAAGGACAGACCGCGGUUUACGCCCAGACCUACA